UUAUUGACCAAAAUGUUUCAAUUGGGCACAAUUUCUAUGUGUCAAUCCAGAACUACACACAGGACAACAGGACCCAAGGGAUCAUGGAGAAGAGCCAGUGGGACUUGAAGAAAGUCAGGCUCCAGAGCAGGCGCUUCAAGAGGAUGGACGAUUUUGUGGCCAUGCAUAAAGUCAGCACCAAUGCCCUGCUAAGGGAAUAUGCUGACUCACUGAAGAAAAGGAGGAAGCAGAAGAGACAUCAGGUGGAAACUGAGAAAUGGAAACACAGAAGCCAAAGGAAACGGGCAGUGUACGCGGCACCAAGGAAGAAGGCAUUUACCUUUCAGACAACAAAGAAUGCUGAACCUUUGAGCACUGCUGACUGCCCAUCUGAAAGCCGCCCAUCCUCACCCCUCUGCCCUGUGAACGUCCUUCACCUGUCUUCACCUGAACAUGCAAGUGUUCAGUUGAAUGCUGAUAGUCCAGGUGAAAGCCACCCGUCCUCAUCUGACCUGCACGACCAACAGUUAACCUUACUGUGGAGAAAGAGGUCGACAGAGGUGGUUGUUGCGGUACUGCCAUCUAAAAUUAAGGGUCGGAGCAUCUAUGUACACCACUCAGAGCUGCGUUCACUACGGCCACACCUGUGGUUGACAGGAGAGAUAAUUCAUGGAUUGAUGCAUCUCAGUGCCUACACACACAAUGUGGUAGACACCAUCUACCUGAUGGACCAUUACACGGCAGGUGUGAUUUUGUCUGGGGACAGGGCCACAGUACGCCGUCAAAGCCUACCUAAGGUAAACUUUGAAAACUAUGAAGCGAUGUUGUCAUUCAUCCAUGUGAAUGGGAAUCAUUGGAACAUGCUGUACAUUCAUGCAAAGUCUGGCACAGUCUUCCAAUUGGAUCCAUCACCAGCAUCCUCUGAGCUUGAGGACUCUGUGCAUGCCGCCACGAAAAUACAGGAAUACUUCAAGAUGAGGAGAACAUCCCAUGGGAAAACGGACUGGGUUGAUGUUCAGUGGAAAUGCCCCACCCAGUGCAAAAGGAUGGUUGCAGUUGUGGCGUUAUUGUUGUCGAAGUAAGUUGAACUAUGUAUAGUGGAAACAUAAUGUUUCUUUCAUGUUUGCAGUGGUAGAAAUAAGGUUCCAUUUAGGUGUUUCUGCACACAUGCAAGAUUUCUGUAAACCCUCCCCGUCAUGCAUGAGUUGACAUAUGCUUUAGUUAUCGUUUAAAAGAGGAAGACAAUUUUCAA